CUUUUGAUCCACAUUAGCCAACUACUGCUUGGUUUAAAAAGCACAAUAGGAAACCGCUUGGACAUAAAAAAAAAAAGUGGACAUCAGUGAAUAUCGGCGUCUUUUGCGUUGGAAUUUAUUACUAAUAUUAGUAUUUACAUUUUCGCGGGCUAUAGAAUAAUCCUGCAAACAGGAUUUUGGUAAUGCUGCCCUCACGUGUGCUCCGGUCAGUGCUGUGUGCGCUGAGUUGCGUGAGUGUGUGCGUGCACGCAGCCUCACGCCUCAAGUCUCACUCGCUGCCCAUCCAGUCUGAGAGAGAUCCUGUACUCUCCAAAGGCCUGGCAGGAUGCUCAUUCGGGGGUCGAUUCUACUCUCUGGAGGACACGUGGCAUCCGGAUUUGGGGGAGCCCUUCGGUGUAAUGCAUUGUGUCCAGUGCUACUGUGAGCCUCAAAAGAGUCGCCGUGGGAAAGUAUUUGGGAAAGUUAACUGCAAGAACAUCAAGCAAGACUGUCAGGAUCCAGACUGCGAUGAUCCCAUCUUGCUGCCAGGGCACUGCUGCAAAACCUGUCCAAAAGGUAAGGCCUGUGGUGGGAAUAAGCCAGAGUACCUGUAA